GUCUGGAAAUGGACACCAAAGAGCCUCUUGGAAAAGACAGUGUGGGGACCAAGAAAAAAAACUUGACCUUCAUAAGACACAGGCUGUACAUGCUGGAGAGGAGGAAGACAGACACAGUGGUGGAGAGCAAUAUUUCUGGGGACCACAACAGCUCUGGCACUUUGAGAAGGAGUCAGUCCGACAGGAGUGAAUACAGCCAGAAAUUACAAGAAAAGAUGGCACCGCAGGCAGGAUCGUUAAGGUCAGUUGGCUCACCCCUGGAAAGCGAAGAACAGCUUAAUAGGCGGAUGAUGGCUAGAAGGCAAAAGAUAAUUACAGAAAUGGUUCAGACAGAAAAAGACUAUCUCAAUGAUCUGGAAUUGUGCAUCAGAAUUGUGGUUGAACCCUUGAGAAGAAGGCAGAUUGCUAGGUUUGAUGUGGAUGGCUUAUUUAGCAACAUUGAAUCAGUCCAUCAGAUCUCAACCAGGCUACUGUCAUUGUUGGAAGAAGCAAUGUCGGAUGUGGAGCCGGCCAUGCAAGUAAUCGGGCAAGUGUUUUUGCAGAUUAAAGACCUACUAGAAGACGCAUAUAAAAUCUACUGUUACCACCAUGACGAUGCACACAUCCUGCUGGAAUCCUAUGAAAAAGAUGAAGAACUGAGGCAACAUAUAAGAGACUGCCUACACUCCUUAAAAAAGAUAUAUGAAGAAGGGGGAAAACCAAGCCUACUGGACAUGGGAUCUCUGAUGAUCAAGCCAAUACAGCGUGUGAUGAAAUAUCCCUUGUUGCUGUGUGAACUCUUGAAUGCAACUCCCAUGUCCCACCCAGACCACAAUGCACUGCAGGACGCCUUGGUUGCUGUGAAAGGAAUGAAUACAAAUAUAAAUGAACUUAAAAGAAGAAAGGAUUUAGUGCUGAAGUAUAAGAAGAAUGAUGAAGAUGAAUCCCUGAAAGAGAAAUUUGCAAGACUAAAUAUUCACUCAAUUAGUAAGAAGUCUAAGAGAGUCACUGGCCACCUGAAAAUCCUGACUGGAGGAGAACCUCAGGUUAAAGAUGAAACUUUUAAUAGGGAAGAGAAGUUAUUUAGAAGUUUGGAAAAGGCAGUCAAACUAUGUGUAAAGAAUAUUUCACUGUUUGUACAGCAUCUGAAGGAGUCUACACUUCUAGCUGCACAGAACGGAGCUGAACUUCAAGAUUUUCUACUUGAGAAAGAAGAUGGAGAAAGUGGCUCUUCAAACACAUUGAUUAAUGCCGAAAAGCCCAGUGAAAGAUACGUAACUCAAGUAGACAAUAUGGUUUUGGCUCCCCUGUCAGCAUUACAGGCCCUCUUCACAGGCCCUCAGAAGCUCAUUCAGAAGCGCUAUGACAAACUGCUGGACUAUAAUGGCUACCACCAAAAGGCAGCUGGAGACGAGAUAGAUUUGGCUAGAAAAGAGUAUGAGGCCCUCAACGCCCAACUUGUGGAGGAGCUCCAGAUAUUCAACCGGGCAGCGAAGAAAAUUGUGACAAAUUGCCUGUGUUGCUUCAUCACUCUCCUGAGGGCCAUGAUGUCAUCAGCAGUGCAAUCCUAUUCCACGGGGGAAUCCCUCAUGCUGGCAAAAAAACCCCUUCUGUCUUCCCCAAGUAUCAGUGAGGUUCAGCAUCAGGUGCUUGAAGAUGUACACAGUCUGAAUUUUGUGAAAGAAAGCAACAGCAUAAAUUUCAUCGAGAGGAAGCUGAGCUUUGAAAAAAAAAAACCCACCCCUCCCCAGCCUGAAUUUCCACGACAGACUGAAAGCAACAGGUCUAUGAUACUCUCUACAUACAACUCAGAGUUGUUGUACCAAGCCAAGCGCAAAUGCAACGCCACCCAGGAGUUUGACAUUGAUCUCUAUGAAGGAGAAUUGGUGGCUGUUGUGGAACAAAAGGAUCCUUUUGGAAGCACCGGCAGAUGGCUUGUUGACACUGGAAUUUUGAAAGGAUAUGUUUACGCCUCCUUCCUGAAACCCUACAAUCCAGCAAAGGUGCAAAACGAUGCUGGGGAAUCCAGUUUCUGUGAUGAUGAUUUUGAUAACAUCAGCCUUUUUGUGUCUUUGCGGCAACUGGAUGACAGUAGCACAAAACCUGCAGGGCAACAGCACAAGAGGAGUGGAAGCGGCUCUUCCUAUAACAGUCUAUGUGAAAAAACAGCUGGUAAUGGGACAGAGGUGGAUUGCUUUUAUGACGCAGAUGACCAACAUACAUUCUAUGCGGUUCAUGCAUUUCAAGCAAGGAGUCAUCAGGAGCUCAGUCUUCAAGAGUAUCAGCGAGUUCGGAUCCUUCGUUUUUCUGAUCUGAGUGGCAAUAAAGAAUGGUGGUUAGCGGAAGCAAAGGGACAAAAAGGAUAUGUGCCAGCUAAUUACCUUGGGAAAAUGACGUAUGCAUAAAUAUCAGAACCACUUAUGAGACCUAAUUCUCCGAAAGAUCAGAGGUAAAAGACUUCCAUUUUAUUAGCAUGAGCCAUAAAUGCUCUUGAGCCUUCAAAAGUACUUUGGUAAAUCAAGAGCUGAAGACCUUAUGAAGAAGAUAUUUAAAAAGACUGUUUCCAGUUAUUGUCCUGAAAUGCUUGUAACCUUUCACUUUGUCAGUGGAAUCUCCCACAAUGUAUGGAGAUCUAUGUCACAUUCAUGUUGGAGCAAGCACUGUAGUUCUAGGUCAGGUGUGGGGAAUCUUUAGCCCUCCAGAUGUUUCUGAACUGCAGUUCCCAUUAUCCCUGGCCAUGGUUGUUGGGCCUGAUGGGAGCUGUAGGAGAAGGCCAAAGAUUCCCCCCCCCACGCUUCUAGGUUAUUAGAAUUUCUAGCUCAGUCUUCCCAACCUGCUGUCCUCCUGGCAGGGGUCUGAUGGGAGUUGUAGUCCCAAAACAUCUGGAGGGCACCAGGUUGGGGAAGGCUGCACUAACUGAUCUAUGGCAUUUAUCAGAAUACUUUGGCAAAUAGUAUUAGCCUAGCCCAGGGAUGGGGAACUUGUGGCCCUCCAGAUGUUG